AUGUCCCAGGGUACCAAGAAAGCACCGUAUGGCACAUGGGAGUCGCCUGCCAAUUCGAUCGAAGCCCUCCUCGUAGAUGGCGUAACUGGAACGGUAUACAACCUGGAAAGACGUCCGUCUGAGGGUGGAAGGUCUGUUUUAGUUGAGACACGGUCUGGGAAGGAUGUAUUGGGCCCUAAAUCAGAUGGAUCCCGAUGGAACGUCAGAACAGGCGUACAGGAAUACGGCGGAUCACCGGCUCUUGUACACAACAACAUCGUCUACUUCUCUCAUUAUGAUGAUGGGAGAAUCUACAGUAAGGAAUUGGGAACAGAGGGCUCAAAGGUCAUUGGAGUUACACCAGGUAGUCGUUUGCCAAUUCACUCGCACCUCCUUUUCGCAGUCCUCGAAGACCACACAGACGACACGCCAGCAGGAGUCGUUACUUCUCUUUGUGUUAUCGACACAUCGAACCAGUCUGGCGAUGAUAAAGUCUCCGUCAUCGUGAAAGGUGCAGACUUUUACGCGCUUCCUUCCUUCUCACCCUCGGUCGAGGGGCGUCCAUCAAAACUGACUUGGAUGGAAUGGUAUCACCCUGACAUGCCCUGGAUUGGCGGAGAAGUGUACGUUGGGGACGUCGUAAUCGAAGGAGCUCGACCCGUCCUCCCAACUCCCUUGCCCGAGGACUUUGGGUAUCCUUUCUGGUCUCUCGAUGAGUUCCCCUACACUCUGGUCUCUGCCGGAGGAAAGAAGGGUGCAGUAUGGAAGGGCAUUAAAGAAGGACGGGAUGUGCUCUACUACAUCCCUGUAGGAGAAGGGAAGGAGCCGGCCAAAGCCCACUUAAUCCCAUCGCCCUACGUUUCACUCGGGCCUUCCAUCCUCGCCUUGCCCGGCGGUAAGGAAGUUGUGUUUAUCGGUCAGAAAGCGGACGAAGAGAAGACCAUUGUUCAAGUCAGUGUAGAGGGGCUGAUUGAGGGUAACGCGGAGUUCGUUGGUAUCGCGGUGAAGAAGGAGAAGGAGGAAAAGAAGACGGAGUUGACGAAGGAUCUGGUUUCUGCGCCGAAGCCCAUCACGCUGAAGUUGGCCGAUGGCCACCCUUUGCAUGUUGUCUAUUACGCACCAUAUAAUCCGGCGUACGCAGGCCCCAAUGACCCCAGCGAGAAGCCUCCGGUCGUGGUGAAUAUUCACGGCGGACCUACUGCGCACGUAUCCCAAGGAUUAGAUUGGAAGAAACAGUACUGGACUACAAGAGGAUGGGCGUGGCUUGAUGUCAACUACCGCGGGUCAUCCGGAUAUGGACGUGCCUACAUUGAGCAGCUCAACCGUAACUGGGGUGUUGUAGACGUCCAAGACUGCAUUAAUUCGGUUCGUCUUCUGUCUGGAGGCGAGCACGAUUUGGUGGACCCCAAGAGGGCUGUGAUUAGAGGAGGAUCUGCGGGCGGGUUCACGGUCCUGGCCGUUAUCAGCCUUCCGGAGAAAGAAACCGACAGGAAGACAUUUGCUGCUGCCCAAGCCAGCUACGGCAUUUCUGAUCUCAAAAAAUUGGAAGAAUUUACGCACAAGUUUGAGAGCCAUUACUUGAGCGGUUUACUAGGAGGAUCGUCGGCUGAAGUCCCCGAAACAUAUGCCAAGCGAAGUCCCAUUAACAGCGUAUCCAAGAUCGAGACCCCACUGCUUAUUCUUCAAGGAUCUGCAGACAAAGUUGUCCCACCCGCUCAAUCUUCAUCCAUCUACGAGAUCCUCAAGGCCAAAAACAAUGACGUCGAGUACAAGGAGUACGAAGGGGAAGGCCAUGGAUGGAGGAGGGAAGACACCAUGCGGGAUGCCAUAGAGAGAGAGAGGGCGUUCUAUGAGAGAGUUCUGGGAUUAAAGAAUGUAGCUUGA